UGGCGAGGGACGUAGACCCCGGACUGAGGACCCUCGUAGCGGGCCCUCUGGCAGCUCCGGGCAGGAGGGCGACUCUGGCAGCUCCGGGCAGGAGCCCUGGCUCUGGGAGCAGGCACAGGACUCACCGGGCUGGGGAGACAUCCAGGAGGCCUCUUCCUUGGCCGAGGCACCGGAUACACUGGGCCGUGGAGGCGCACUGGCGGUCUCGAGCGCAGAGCUGGCCCCACCCGUUCUGCUUCCACCCGGCAAAUGCGGGACGCUGGCACCGAGCACACCGGCGUGUGAAUGCUCCGCCUCGACACCGUGAGCAUCACCCCAUAGCACGGGGCCUGACCAGUCCCAUGCUCGCCACGGUAAGCAUGGGGAGUUGGCUCAGGUCUCCAACCUGACUGUGCCACACUCCCCGUGUGCCGCCCCACAAAAAUGUUUUGGAGCUGCCUCUAGGGCUUCAGUGACCGGGUCUUGUCCUCUACCAUUCUCUCCUCCCCGGUCCAACUCUUCCUCCAGGUUGGCGCACGCUGCUUGGUCUUCUUGUGGUGGGUAAUUCUGUCACGCUCGCUAUCCCCAAACUCCCUGUCAUAAAUCGACCAAGGCGCAGCGUGCAUGUAGUUCCACAUCUUUUAAUGAAAGUGAAACAACCAAAAAACAAACAGGUAAACAGCAAAGAACGUGACGCAACCGAGGUGCACACAAACACACACGGAAAAUAAUUACCCACAAAACACAGGUGGGAAAAGGCUACCUAAGUAUGGUUCUCAAUCAGAGACAACGAUAGAAAGCUGCCUCUGAUUGAGAACCACACCCGGCCAAACACAUAGAAAUAGAAAAUCAUAGAACAUAGAACAUAGACUGCCCACCCAAAUCACACCCUGACCAAACCAAAAUAGAGACAUAAAACGCUCUCUACGGUCAGGGCGUGACAGCAUGCGUAUCUAAGCAGACAAUAAAAAUCACAUAUCACACUAUCAUGUUAUACAGACAGCUAUUAUAUUAUACAGUAUGUCUUAUGAUAAUAUUGGCCCCUGCAGAAUUGCAAGAGACACAUGGCCACAUCCUUAUUUCUAGUAUCUUUUUGGGAAAUAAAUAUCUUGUUUUGGCUGACUUUUCAUCAUACUGCUUCUCACUAAUAACAACACACAGGCAGUAGUUCCACAAUGUCCCUUCUGUCCACCUCAUAAAUUGUAGUGCCUCUGACUUUAUAAAAUAAAUAACCCAAUGUAAGGUAAAAGGUAUGUAGUAAAUAUAUGACUUUGACCUCAAAUUACCUGUGUAAUUAGCAUGAUGUUUGAAGGUGUUGGACUUUCAAAUGUGUUCAGUUGUGCGCUAUUAUGCAAAUACUUUGGACGAAUGAACAUUGUACCAGGAAGUUACAGUAAAAAAAAAAAUCCCGACAAUUUAGCAUAUGAAGUUCCUCAUUCUGUUCGGUGAAUGUAACAGUCUAUGACAGUCCAGUCUCGGCUCUAAUGAAGAGCAAGAUAUACGAAAUUUGUGGAUUACAACAAUUUUUCUUUAUUUGGCUAAAACGCAUCUAUACCUAGUGACAUUUGACAGACAACAUGGGUUGUAAAAAAUCCAAGCUAAAUGACGGUCUGAAUGGAGGUGUGCUUGAUGGCAAGAACCAACGGCCAGUACGUCCUGACCAAACUGUAUAUGUGAGAGAUCCCACCUCCAGUAAACCAAAUGCUACAAGUAACUCACCUCCUGGAGGUCUCCUGCCUGGUCAGGUAUUCAUGAAAAUGGAAGAGCAAUCUGAGUCUGGUAAAAUAGUUAUUGCACUAUACCCAUAUGAUGCAAAACACAAAGAUGAUUUGGGAUUCAAGAAGGGGGAAAGGCUUAAGGUUCUUGAAGAGCAUGGUGAAUGGUGGAAGGCUAAGUCUCUGACCUCUAAGAAAGAAGGGUUCAUACCCUCCAAUUAUGUUGCUGAGGCCAAUACCAUGGAGACAGAGGAAUGGUUUUUUAAGGAAAUUACAAGGAAGGACGCAGAGAGACAACUUUUGGCGCCUGCUAACAAAGCAGGAUCUUACCUCAUUCGUGAGAGUGAGACAUCAAAGGGAAGUUAUUCCAUGUCUAUCAGAGAUGUGGAUGCCCAAGGGACGGACACUGUGAAACAUUAUAAGAUCCGCAUGCUGGAUAACGGAGGCUUCUACAUCUCUCCUAAGAUCACAUUCCCUGAUAUUGGCAGCAUGAUAAAUCAUUAUCACAAACAAUCGGAUGGUCUCUGUCGAAAGCUGGAGAAGCUGUGUGAUAAACCCAAAGCUCAGAAGCCAUGGGACAAAGAUGCCUGGGAGAUCUCCAAGGAGUCCAUCAAGAUGGUGAAGAAACUAGGAGCAGGACAAUUUGGUGAAGUGUGGAUGGCGUUCUACAACAACACGACCAAGGUGGCAGUGAAGACGCUGAAGCCAGGCACCAUGUCAGCUGAGGCCUUCAUUGAGGAGGCUAACCUGAUGAAGACCCUGCAACACGACAGACUGGUGCGCCUCUACGCCGUCGUCACCAAGGUCGAGCCUAUCUACAUCAUCACAGAGUACAUGUCCAACGGUAGCCUCUUAGAUUUCCUAAAAAGUGAGGUAGGCUGCAAAGUUCAGCUACCUAAGCUCAUCGAUUUCUCUGCACAGAUUGCAGAGGGAAUGGCUUACAUUGAGAAGAAGAACUACAUCCACCGUGACCUGAGAACAGCCAAUGUCCUGGUGUCUGAGAGUUUGCUGUGUAAAAUAGCUGACUUUGGCCUUGCUAGAGUUAUAGAAGAUGACCAGUACACAGCCAGAGAGGGUGCAAAGUUUCCCAUCAAGUGGACAGCACCAGAGGCCAUCAACUAUGGCUCCUUCACUAUCAAAUCAGACAUGUGGUCCUUUGGAGUCCUCCUGUAUGAAAUCAUUACCUAUGGAAAAAUACCGUACCCAGGGAUGAGUAAUGGUGAGGUGAUGACUUCCGUGCAGAGAGGUUAUAGAAUGCCCCGCCCUGAGAACUGUCCCAACGAGCUCUAUGACAUCAUGACCAGCUGUUGGAAGAGCAAGCCAGAUGACAGGCCUACAUUUGACUACAUCCAGAGUGUCCUAGAUGACUUUUACACCGCCACAGAGGGCCAGUACCAACAGCAGCCCUAGGAAGUCAAUGUUUGAGUCCCAAUAGGGCUCUGGCCAAAAGUAGUGCACUAUGUAGGGGAUAGGGUGUCAUUUGGGAUGUACAUACAUCUGCCAAUGUGCAUACAUCUGCCAAUGUGCUAGUUUCAUUAUGAAAUAGUCAAUCCACCAGCAACAAUAUCAGCUAUUCAGCGGAAGUAGAUAUUGUCGGACAAGUUGACUGCUUGUUUAUUUGUUAAGCAAGCUAAAGAUGAAUCUAUGAAUUCAACUUCAUAUUGAAGUAUAGACCUGCUUGUGCAUUUCAGCAUUUCACGGAAAAUGAUCGAAUAACAAAUGGCUUACUGUUGACUGACUCUGAUCAAACCUGUAGAAUAAUUAUCACAUUGAACAGCACAAAAUAGACAUUCUACCACAUAUUUAUUAUCACUUUAGCCAUAUCUGUUUGCCAUGUUGAAUUCAAGCAUACAUUUUACCAGUACAGAUGCUUACCUUUUCAUCUAUUACAUUUCUAUUUUUCUUUAUAUUUCAAGGUACAUUGAUUUAUUUUAGGAGCUGGUCUUUUGGGUUAUUUUCUGAAUUACGAAAAUAAUGAGACUAAUGAUUUAUUUCAUGUAUAUUUGUUGUAUUUUAGUUUUAUUUGCAAUGAGAUAUUGAUGUGUGACAUCACGUGUUUGUGAUUGUAUUAACCUGAAUAAAUGCAAAUGAUAAGUAUCAAUAAAAAUA